UAUAAACUCGGCCGGGAGUUUCCGUCCAGCCACACUCAGCCGUCCAGACUGAACAAUGGUUAACAUGAGCGAACACCAUUUUCUACUUAUAUAUCCCAAUACGAGCUCAAGACAGUCGAGAAGGCGAACGACGAGACGGAAAAGAAAUUGCUGGGACAAACUGUCGCCAACACAUUGGCAGACUUGAUUGACGGAGACUUGCUAAAAGGUCCGGUGUGAGCUGUGUUGCCGACUCUCUGUGCGUUGUGACUGGUAGCCAAGAUGACUGCCGAGUGGCUACACCUGCCCCCGCCGUACCCCCCUGGCGUGGGGCCGCUGUGUGGUGCAGAGUUGGAGGCGUGGUAUGAGGACUUGCAGGAUAUUCUGGGCUCUGACACGGGAGGGGCAAAGCUGGCACGUGCCCCAACAUGCACAGAGAAGGAGCCGGAGUUCCUGGAUGUCCUGGAGAGUUGUUCUCUGACCUGGCUGACGGAAGGCAGCCAGACGUGGGGAGAUGGUGUCCAGAGGAUGACGCAGCAGAUCCACAACACCCAACCUCUUCAUCACACCUCAUCGUCCUCCUCUUCCUCUUCCUGUAUGAGUCCGGCCGCGGCUGAGGAGCAGCAGGCGGAAGCUGAGCGAAGCAGAAGCGGAGAUGGUCAAACCGGAAGCAGCAGCGACCUGUUGCCUCCAGAGUUUUUCGAGAUGCUGAGUGAUGGAGGAGUGGGAGUGGUGGAUCCGAGCGGGACGGUGAUCAGCGGCGGCUAUUACUACCACGUGCAGCAGCAGCACCACCAGCAGGCUAACGGCGCCCAUCCGGCGUCGCCUUCGGCGAGCGAGGAGGAGCUGCCCUGUGUGCCCCAUUCGCCGUCCUGCUCCUCCUCCGCCUCCCAGUCGCCCUCUCAAAACAUCUCCUCGCCAUCGUCGCCCGUGUCGUCGCCGUCCGUCUACCCGUCCUCCCGCCUGGGGAAACGCAAGAGGAGCACCAGCGAACGGGCCAACGGUGCCUUGUCCUCUUUCGCCUCCACCGCUCAGCACACACUGUCGACGUUUUCCUCAGCCAAAAAGAGUCGCAAAGAGCGAGAGCAGGAGAACGAAAGAAAGGUUCAGGAGCUGACGGAGCAGAAUGAGCGCUUGAAAGCCGAGAUAGAAAGAUUGGGAGAGGAGGUGCAGCGGACACGUAGAGCGCUGAUAGAGAGGCUGGUCAAUACCAGGAAAUGAAGAAUCGGGAUGAGAGACGGAGAAGACUGGCAAUGAGCAGCGGCGAGAGAAGGCGGCGGCGGCGGCGGUGAGGUUUGCUUUAGGAGGUGUAUGAAAACCAAAGAUCAUUUAUUUACAGGUUGAGAGAGAGAAAUGCGGCUGAAAAUGCUCAGAGAGAAAAGUGAUGAAAGUCAGGACAAGGAAAGGCAAAGAGAGAGGCUGCAACAGCACUGCGGCAAAGACAGUUGGAGGGAAAAGAGCUUUGUUCACACCACCGUUUGCAGUUUUAAUGAAUCAAGAAAAGGCUUCUGAACCGAACGUAGAGCAGGUGGAUAUUUGUAGUCGGGUGUUGUGUUCAUAACUUCCUGCCAUUCUGCAAUAAAUUGUAACUCCUAUGUCAAGGGCUAAAAUCUGGCUAGAGAGAUUACCUGCCCCCCUGUGUGGAGAGAAGAGGAGCUCAGGAACUGUUGUGAAAGUGCCCCUACGAGUAAGAGAUUUUGGUUUUUUUGUGGGUGGGGGGAAUCAUUUUGUAGCUUUUCUUACAUUUUUUUAUUGAGUGUUUGUCUACUCGGCAAGUAGGACCCGGCUAUACUUUUCCAGCUGACCUUUUCUAGCAACACCUCCAGGACCCCAAAUGACUAUUUUUAUAUAACUCUGUAAUAAGCGCGCUGACAUGUAGCAGCCUGUUUUUUUUUUAUUAUAUCUGCUUGCUUUUCAUUAGCACUGCUUGGAAAAUAUGCAUGGCUUCUGUCAUUAUUUAUCCGUUAUUGUACUCAGAAAUUUGUAAUAAAAACAUCUGCGUUUUCA